GAUUUAUGUGGGGCGAGAGUGGGAGAGUGAAAGGAAUUUUCUUUGUGAAAAAAUAAAACUGAGGAACCCAACGGGGGACAGCAAAUAUUGCAGAUUUGACAGAAUUGUAUCUGCCCCAUUCUGCUCUCUCCAUCUAUCCAGAAGACAGUUGUAAUGGGGGUUGGAGGAGCUUCUUCAAAGCUCAGAAAAGCAGCCAGGAAGAUGGUGGCUGCAUGCGGCUCCUUGUCCUUCUCCAGGGCUAGUCCUCCUCCUCUGAUGCCAGAUACAUCAACAUUAAUGCCACCCAACAAGCUAAAAGCAGACGGUGGAGAGGAAGUAGAAUCCACCCCCAAUCAUUCCAAGAACUUGUGUGCGAUAUGUCUGGAAGCUUUGACUUACAGCACAGGCAGCAGCCCGGGGCAAGCUAUAUUCACAGCACAGUGCUCUCAUGCAUUCCACUUUUCCUGCAUCUCCUCCAAUGUCCGACAUGGGAGCGUUACCUGUCCUAUUUGUCGUGCCCAUUGGACUCAGCUGCCCCGUAACCUCAACUCACCUGCAUGUUCCCUUUCUUGCAACCAGAAUGAUCCUGUUUUGCGGAUCUUGGAUGACUCCAUUGCCACUUUUCGGGUCCAUAGGCGAUCCUUUCUACGCUCAGCACGCUACGAUGAUGAUGACCCAAUUGAGCCAGACCACAUGCUCAAUCAGGAACGUCUUGAUUUCUCUCUGCAGGCCAUUCCAUCAGCAGUGCUGGCUCAACCCUGCAACUUUAAUCAUCAUCCAUGCGCACAUUCAUCCUCUUUGCAAAUGCUUGGGAUGGGGCAUACCUCAAACCAUUAUCACUGUCAUCAUCACUUCACCAGCACCUCUUCAUCAUCCUUAUUGCUACAGCCACCAAACGGGCAAACGCCUUAUAUGUUCUGCACCUCAAUUAGGAGAGCAGCCUAUCUAUCAAUAAAAUUGGCACAUCCUCCAGCAAUUGACAUGGUAUUGGUUGCAAGUCCCAAUGGACCACAUCUAAGGCUUUUAAAGCAGUCAAUGGCAUUAGUGGUAUUCUCCCUCCGGCCCAUUGACCGUUUGGCCAUUGUGACAUAUUCAUCUGCAGCAGCACGUGUCUUCCCUCUUAGGAGGAUGACCUCAUAUGGGAAGCGAACAGCAUUACAGGUGAUUGAUCGUCUUUUCUACAUGGGGCAAGCUGAUCCCAUUGAAGGGCUGAAGAAGGGGAUAAAGAUACUUGAAGAUCGUGCAUACAAGAAUUUUCAGUCCUGUAUCUUGCAUCUGUCUGAUUGUCCAACAAGAUCAUACCAUACCAUGAACUUGCAAGUGGCUUUCCCAGUCCAUCGGUUUCAUGUGGGAUUUGGCUUUGGCUCCUCAAAUGGAUUUGUCAUGCAUGAGUUUGAAGAGUUCCUAGCAAGACUGUUGGGAGGUGUUGUUAGAGAUAUCCAGUUAAGAAUUGGGGAAGAAGGCAGGAUGAUUAGACUUGGAGAACUAAGAGGUGGUGAAGAGAGAAAAGUUUUGCUAGAGUUGGGGGAUUGUGGACAUGUUUGCGUGGGAUAUAGCUACAUUGAGGGUGGAGUUGAUGGGUGCAUCAGAACAGGGGAAACUGUGGUGAGUAUAGGGGAGAAAGGAGAAACAGAUGAGGGAGGUGUUGGUGUAGAAAGAGAUGUCAGCAUCAUUGCAGGGAGGACCAGCAAUGUCGAAAGUUGGGAUUACCAUGAUCCUUUCAUGGCUAGAAGAUGGGCUAAGCAUUUGCAUGGCUACAGGCUCUGAAAUCUCAAUGUACCAAUCUACUUCAUAUCUUUUAUUUUUUUGGCCCACGAUCUAAUUCAUAUAUGAUACCUAGAUACAUAUAGGGAUUGUUUCAAUCGUCUCCACAUCCACAGGGAUUGGGAUUGAGGAAGCAGCUUAUGCUAAGUGUGAAAAAUCCAUUUCCCAAGAUUCACAAAUUUAGGUAAUGUUGUUGCUCUUGUUCAUAUGUGAAUUGCAAUACUUGUGUUCUGCAUCAGCUACUAACAGCUUGUGUGUUAGAUUUGACCAUAGUUUGGCAGAGGCACUGUUGUAAGGAAUGUAAUAAUUUGUCUUUUGACUCUUGAGGCAUAUGCAGUAGUACAGAGAGGAUGAUUCACUUGUAUCCUUUUACAAGUUUAGGUUCUGUUACAUUGGAAUAGCUCUGGGGAUAGCUCUCCCUUUUCCUUGAUCCGUCUUGCCAUAGUGAAGGUGGGAUACUGGGAGGGAUUUCAAUUGUUGAAGGACUAUUAAUUCUACU